AGUGUUGCCAUGGAGAUAGAAUGUUGUGAAACCUCAAUGGCAUGCAGAUUUACAGCGGCUAUUACUGAUUGAUUCGUGCCCUAUUCUAUUAUUAAUAUAGCUCAGUGGGAAUUGGUAAAACCUGAGUGAUUAUAUUUGAUUAACCAAUUUACUUGACAUUUUAGAGCUUUCGCUCAGUGUUCAGAGUUGUCUCUUGUACAUGGGAUAUGAAUACUGAUACACGCCCUCGCUUCCCAUGGUACAAGGAGAGGCUCUAUAAAGCACACGUCAAAGAUGUCAGAACUAAGCUGAAACUCUCUGGUGGUCUUAACAGUCACAAUUGGUCAUUCCUUCCUAAAGGAUUGGAUGAUUUUCGAGACGGCUAUCCCUCCACUGCAGAGACUUCUUUUAUUCCGUCUCGCAAAGGAGCAUCUCCGGUUCUGCACAAUACUACCAAUGAAACUGACUUAGCUGAGAAGAAGCCCAUUAAGAGGUUCACAAAAGAACAAACCUGCUUCUCCAAACUUCUCCCCCAGCAGCAGGCUCGCAGAGAGUACAUUGCACAGAUAGAAUAUGGUCUAACGCAGCACCCACUGGCUCUCUACCCUCAUCUAGAGGAAGCUGUGCCACCAGAAUUAUUUGAGGAGAUAGUGGAUAUCCUUGACCCAGAGAUGCGCGUGAAAAGUGCUGCAGGGUCGUAUAAAGCUGAAGAUAAUCUGCUGGAAGAUGAUAAAUUCAGCACUUCCUAUAAAGAACAGCAAGAAGCGUUGAGUGUGAAGUCAUUCGCAAGUAGCAGACAGUCCGCAUUAAGUGGACAGUCCAGGCAAAAGAAUCCAUACACAUGGCUUUCUAAGAAAGAAGAAUCGUUGAAAGAGGAGAAGAGUCUCAGAACAAAUCAAAGCUUGACUCCAGCAUUAAAUGAGAAUAUGAAGCAUGCGACUAAGGAGUUCUGUGACUGGGUGGCUUCUUUGGGUGGUGAGUCAUGUAAUGUCAAUGAGUCCUCAGUCUACAGUCUAUUUUCCAGUGACUUUGAUACUAAACCAGCCCUCAGUGUACCAAUCCAUGUGGUGGAGUUGAGCAACGUCCCUGCAGAGCUAAGAAAGGCUGUGGGACUGACACCUCGACCCAAUAUUUUAAAACAUUCUCGCUCCAAGCUUCAACAUCAGUCUCCGGAGGCAACUUACCAUCCUAAUUAUGUUAAAUCUAGAUACGGAGCGUGGUAUCUUGAUCCCAAAACCUGGAAAAAACAUAAAAUUAAUGAACCACUACAGAACCCAAGUUCAGAAGAGCUAGACAACAGCCCUGCUUCAAAGAACAAGUUAAGCCAAAAGGAUGAAGAAUUGUUACAACUUCAUGGAACCAUGGCAUUUAAAGAGUUCACAGAAAAGAAUGGCUACAGAAAACCAGAGUUUCUUACCAAAUUAUUUUCAAAGACAGAUUCUGGCCCAUCAGAAAAUGUUGUCUCAAAGGACUCCAGAGCAGUCUCUUCUAGAAACACCUGGCGCAGAAUGGGCUCAGCCUCCUCCCAAGAAGACAGCAUCAUAAAUUAGAAGCUUUCUAUAUAGGUCACUCAACCUUAGAGCGAACCUCAAAUAUACAGAUUUAAAGAUUCAGAUUGGAAAUAUGCUUCCAAAUGUAAUGAUCUAAAAUAAACUAU